CACGAGAGGCGCAAGACAACUCCGGGCGCACCCCACUGCACCAGGCAGCCGUACACCGACACACGGAGCUUGUGAGAGAGCUUCUCGAAACGGGAUGUAACGUCAAUGCCACAGACAAUAAUGGUGUGACUGCACUACAAAUGGCGUGCGCUCAAGGCUGCCGUGGGAUCGUCGAGCAUCUGCUAGCGUACGGUGCGGAUGUGCACUUACAAAAUAAUGUUGGUUCAUCAGCCCUGCAUGCAGCGUGCGCGGCCGACGCUAAUGACAUCGUGGAACUAUUGUUGGCUCACGGAGCAGAUCCGGCUCUUACAGACCAGUGGUCACAGUCUCCGCUCAGCGUGGCGGGCGGUGCAGCCGAGGGUCCGCCCGAAGGCUUUCGACGCGCUGCUAGGGGCUCCUUCUCCGCCAUCUUGGAUCUACUGACAGCCACCACCAACCUUGACCACCAUGAGGAUGCGUCGCCAUCGCCGCGCGUUGAGGAAAAAUCACCUGGCGUUUCCCCGCCCGCUAAUGAAGGCGAAGGCGACAGUGAGCGGUGAUGGUCAGCGACCACGCUUCUAGACAGACUCGCGCAGCGCGGCUUCGCUGCCGACACACGCCUUGCUCUGCCACCGACAGGUUGCGCGCGGUACAGAGAGCUGUGCUACCGCGCGUCGCAGGCUCACCUGCCCGCUCAGUGCGACGUGGCCCCGCGCGCCUGCGACUGCGCCAAUUGCGCCGCGCGUCGCGCCUCCGACGCUCCCUGACGCCACAACGCUCUGCCUGACAAGCGACCCGUGCCAUCUGCUUCUGUUACACGUAGACCCUAACUCCCACUCUACUCUGUUUGUGUAUUUCUACGCCAGAAUGGAAUAAGGCUCGAUUAAACUAAGUUCAGCUAGCAAGGCAAGCUUCAGUUCAGCAAGCUGAGAUCAUGAAUCUGUACCAAAUUUCGUAAAAACUAAAUAUGAGAUCACUGUCGCUCAUCUUGCGACGCACGCGAAUGGGUAUAGAAGUAACACGAACUGCCGCUUACUGCAGUAAGCAGGUGUAGUACGACAGAUACCGGCGAGCGGCUGCAAGUGACGUGCUGUGCAGUGCAGCUCAAGUGCGUUGGGACCUUUAUGUCAAUUGUCAUCCUCCUACAACGCCCUCCCUACCUCACGAGCCGUCUCAGUGAAUGAUAAUCCUUUUAUAAGUUACUUGUAACUUUGAAAAAAUAGUAUAACUACAGUUAAGUAGAUAACAUAACACACAUCCUAAUCCUACUAAUAAUAUUAUAAAU